CACCACCAUAGGCAUGCACCAAUCAAUCACCUCCACAACCCCGCGCUAUAGCCCGCGACAGCCGUACUCGUGAUUGUACGUGAUUUCUUCUCACUCGCGACGGUAGACAUGCUCGCGCGCCUGUGAGGGAGGGGUGCUCCACUCUCAAACAGUCAUCAUCCAGCGAGCAUGUGUGCGCUCGUAAUUACGAAUCUCCACUCACAUUGCAAACCGCCUGCCUCUUCGACUCAACACCACUGCUUCGAGCAGUCACCUCAACGCCCUGCAUUUUUGAGGUGUUCGGGGCGUUUGCGAUGGCAGAUGGGCAGUCGUUGCCGCGAUGAGCUUGCCCGAGGCCCAAUCUCUGCGUCGGAACGAGCGCGAAGACAUGUCGUCGCACAAGGUCCGUCUGAUCGCAGAGCACAUUGUCAAGCAGGUGGCCAGGCAUCGAUCAGAGGCGCUUGCACUGUCGAGCAGAGGCAGCAGCAGCAACGCGGGAUCGCACGCCAUCAAACCUCUAUUGGUAGGCAUGCAAGGGCCACAAGGCAGCGGCAAGACGACUUUGACAUCUCAGCUGCUGGACGAGCUGAGGACUGCAAGGUACGAUCUGCGCGCAGCCGUCUUCAGUCUGGAUGACCUCUACUUGACCCACGCUGAUCAGAAAGCACUAGCUGCUGCGCAUCCUGGCAACAAGUUGCUCGAAGGAAGAGGUCAGCCCGGCACACACGAUGUGCCGCUUGGCUCCGCCAUCCUUCAGUCGAUAGCCGGCAUGAAUGAGGCCAGCGAAGGCGGGAGUACAACUCGAGUGCUCGAUCUGCCCGUCUACGAUAAAUCAGCUCAUGGUGGGGAAGGCGACCGCUCAGGAGAGACUGUGAAGGUGCAUGCACCCCUUGAUGUGGUCAUCUGGGAAGGGUGGUGCAUGGGCUUUGGCUCGCUCGAGCCAGCCGUGCUGCGAGACAAGUACGAUCGCUCAUCGAGGGACGCUCAAAUUGGCACCACUUCUGCAUCCGGUGCAUCAUACUUCACCCGGCAUCCGAUCGUGCACCUUCAAGAAGUCAAUUCGCAGCUUGCAUCGUACGAGGCCACGUGGUGGGCUCAGGUCGAUGCUUUUGUUCAGCUGGCACCCACGCCUCCUUCGGGACAAAGAGAUGGAGGCCCACAAGCUUUGGAGACAGUUUUUACGUGGAGGCUGCAAGCCGAGCGGGCCAUGAAGGAGCGGAAUGGGGGCAAAGGCAUGUCCGACGAAGCUGUAAGAGAAUUUGUCGCGAGAUAUAUGCCUGGCUACGAGCUCUUUGGGGAUGGCGUACAGGGGGUCAAGAAGCCUUGGCAUGGCAGAGGCUUGCGACUUGGGCUUGACUCGGACAGAAACGUGACUGAAGUGCGCACCUUCUGAGUCAAGCCGUCGAUGAUGCAAUGCAGCGGGACUUUUGAGUCGUUCCGAGGCCGAAUGCAUGUUAGAAGACCAAUCAGGAGCACAGAGGAGAAUACAGUUUGGCAGAAAUGGGACUCGUCUGAGAACAAAGGCUACGAUGCUGUUGAAAAUCGAUGCGCACGUCGAGCUUGACGAAGAGAGUCUGCGCGGUUUGAAUGGCUCAGAUCUGCUCAGAUCUCGCCGCGCUUGAGAGCUUUGCCGGUCUCCACCUUGUCCUCGUCUUUCUGGAUCUUGCCAGCGAUGACUUUCGCGUUGCCCUUUGCCGAAGCUACAGCUUUGCCCACGAUGC